GAUGACGUCAGCUCAACAGAAGUGAUCACUUCCCCCUUGUUUCUCUCUACGUAUCAACAAAAUCUAAUUCACUUUCCUCCUUCUUAUCCUUUACCCUAAUAAUGGCAGAUCAGAGCAAGAAUACCAAUACUCCUGGGAUCUUCGAGCUAAACAAUGGAUCCAUGCAGGUCAAGAUCUCUAAUUUUGGCGCCACCAUCACCUCCUUGUCUGUCCCCGACAACAACGGGAAACUGGCUGAUGUGGUUCUCGGAUUUGACUCUGUGGAUCCAUAUGUGAACGGGCUUGCACCUUACUUUGGGUGCAUAGUUGGUCGUGUAGCAAAUCGGAUCAAAGAAGGCAAGUUUAGUCUCAAUGGAGUUGACUACACUUUGCCCAUCAACAACGGUCCCAAUAGCCUCCACGGUGGUAACAAUGGUUUCGAUAAGAAGACAUGGGAAGUCGCAGGACACAAGAAAGACGGUGACAAACCUUUCAUCACAUUCAAAUAUCACAGCGCCGAUGGAGAAGAAGGUUAUCCCGGUGCGGUUACUGUCACGGCCACAUACACUCUCACGUCAGCCACGACCAUGAGACUUGACAUGGAGGCAGUUCCUGAGAACAAAGACACUCCAAUCAGCUUAGCUCAGCAUACAUACUGGAACUUAUCGGGUCACGACUCAGGAAACAUUCUUGACCACAGGAUCCAAAUCUGGGGUUCUCAUAUCACCCCCGUGGAUCAACACUCAGUUCCUACAGGUGAGCUCUUACCGGUAAAAGGAACUCCAUUCGAUUUCACCGAGGAGAAACGGAUAGGAGAUCGUAUUGGAGAGGUGGGUAUAGGAUAUGAUCACAACUACGUGUUGGACUGUGCUGAUCAAGAGAAAGACGGGCUGAAACACGCGGCGAAGCUAAGAGACGGUGAGAGCUCAAGGGUGAUGGACUUGUGGACCGAUGCUCCGGGUGUGCAGUUUUAUACGGGGAACUAUGUGGAUGGAGUGGUGGGGAAAGGGAAUGCGGUUUAUGGGAAGCAUUCAGGUGUGUGCCUUGAGACGCAGGGGUUCCCUAACGCGAUUAACCAGAAGAGUUUCCCGUGUGUUGUGGUCAAGGCUGGUGAGAAGUAUAAGCACACGAUGUUGUUUGAGUUUUCAGCUUGAGUGACACUGGUGGUAUUAGAUGAAAGUGUUUUAUAGCCUUUUAGGUGUUAGAUGUUGGAAUAAAGAGCCGGUUCAGUGGUUAAUGGAACCGGAAAGAGAGUGAUUGUAAUUUGAUUUUCUUUUGCUACUAAAAUCAAACUUGAUCUUCCACA